CCAACGUACGCUGUAAUCUGCGGAGGAGGAAGAACUCAUAUCUUAACACGUUAUCAAAUAUUUCCAAUUUAAAAAUAAUUGAAAAAACUUUUGAUUGAUUUAUGUUUCUCUAUUAUAAACUUGGACACGAACGGACAAGUGGUGGGGUAUCCCCUAGUACGGUAGCGCCCCAGGCAUCAUGAAUACAGCGUAGAACAGAACGGUACCCACUCUUCGAGUGUCAGUCAGCGCGCAAUAUUCAUUUUUAGUAGAAAAUUGAUUCUUGAACUGGAGCACGAUGAUCACAAGAGACACCUGUUGCGCCAUAAACUAAGCCUGUUACCGCGAAACACAAACGCAAUAACGAUUCAUUAUUCGAACAUGCUUACGCGCCAAGUGACAACGUAACAUGUUGACGAUUUAAUAGAUAUACAAAAGUUUUUUGAAGAAAAGUUAUAAAUUCAUUUAUUUCAUUAAUUUUUUUUUUAAAUAGUUCAAAGUGCAUUUUAAAUAGUGAUUACGAAAUUAAAGGAGUUAAAGGGAAUUUAUUUGAUUGCAACAUACAUUUUGUACAUAUAUGCGGAGAGAAGUUGAAGUAUGGUAUCAAGGAAAAAGAAGAACUGAAAUAAUAGUUAAAAGACAAAUAAAAAAAAAACGAAAAUGAUGAAAAUAGUGGGAUUGGAGGACAACCAACGAUUUGCAUUGAUGAAAUUUAGGAAGGCAGUUCAAGAUGUAACACAACCGCAUCAUGACGAUAACUUUCUACUACGUUGGCUUCGAGCAAGAAAAUGGGAUCCAGUUGCUGCGGAGAAGAUGCUGCGUGAUUCUAUGGAGUGGCGAAAACAAUGGGAAGUUGAUAAAUUAACUAAAUGGGAUCCUCCUAAAAUUUUGAAAGAUUAUCUACCUCAUGGUUUAUGUGGUUUCGAUAAAGAUGGGGCACCAGUUAUUGUUGUAUAUUUCGAUGCGCUUGAUCUUUAUGGUAUUUUGCACGUUGUUUCACGUAUGGAUAUGAUAAAAAUGACGAUAAAAUGUCUUGAAGAAUAUUUAAUGUUGUGUAGAGAGCAAAUGUUAAAACACGGUCCUUUGGCUGGUCAGGUAGUUGUAAUAUUUGAUAUGCAGGGAUUCAAUUUAAGACAGUAUCUUUGGAGACCAGCUGGAGAAGUUGUAAUUACCUUAAUCCAAAUGUAUGAGGCUAAUUAUCCGGAGAUUUUGAAAACUUGUUAUAUCAUUAAUGCUCCGAAAGUAUUUGCUUUUGCGUUUUCGGUAGCGAAAAAGUUCAUGAAUGAAUAUACUCUGUCAAAGAUUCAAAUAUUUAAAACAGAUCCUUCUAAAUGGCAAGCAGCAAUAUUUAGUAACAUUUCAAAAGAUCAAGUACCUGCUUUUUUUGGAGGUACUCUUAAGGAUCCUGAUAGCAAUCCAAAACUUGGAACAAAGAUUUGUCUUGGUGGCAAGAUUCCUCAAGAAAUGUAUGUGACUAAUGAUAGUAAAGAGAACUUUACAACAGUCACAAUUAAGAAAGGUGGAAAAUUGGAACUUAAUAUGACAGCACUCGAGAUAGGAUCUUUAUUAAGUUGGGAAUUUCGAACCGAAAAUCAUGAUAUUAAAUUUGGUAUUGUAAAGAAAGAUGAUAAUGGAAUGCAAAAGGAAGUGAUACCUAUGCGACGAGUAGCUGCUCAUCAAUUAGAUGAAAUUGGAAUUCUGACUUGUGAAGUACCUUCUACAUAUUCUAUUGUCUUUGAUAAUACUUAUAGUAUAAUGAGAAAUAAAAAAAUUCAUUAUUCCGUGAAAGUUAUACCACCAUCACAAUCGCAAGAAAUAAUAUCAGCGACUUUAUAAAUAAAAAGUAAUAAUAAAUACAUAAAUAUUUUUUAAUAAAUAUAUUCUAUAGAUUAUUGAUAUUUGAAGAAAAUUAUUUUUUUGUUAUCUUUAUUUUUUCUUCUUUAUUUGUAUUAUAUCUAAUUAUAAUUUAUAUUAAGAAAUAUUAAGAAUUUAAUGGCAUUUUUUAUAGGUUUUAUAGAAAUGAAUUUAAAAAUAAUUUAUUUAACUUUAUAUAUAAAUUUAUGGAUGUUAAAUUUCAUUAUAAAAAUUAUUUUUAUUUUAUCUGUAUUAUAAUUGUAUUAUUAUGUAUAAAAAAAUGUAGAAAAUUUGACUACAAUAUGUAUUAAUAAAAAUUAAUAUUGUAGGAAA